AUGGAUGAAGAAUACGACGUUAUUGUGCUAGGAACUGGGUUGACUGAAUGUGUUCUUUCUGGUUUGUUAUCAGUUGAAGGUAAAAAAGUGUUACAUAUUGAUCGUCAAGAUUAUUAUGGAGGUGAAUCUGCUUCAUUGAACCUUCAACAACUUUAUGAAAAAUUUAAACCAGGUAAAACCCCUGAUGAAUCCUUAGGCCGUUCAAGAGAUUGGUGUAUUGAUUUAAUUCCAAAAUUUUUAAUGGCCAAUGGUGAAUUAACAAACAUUUUGGUUCAUACAAAUGUUACAAGAUAUGUUGAAUUCAAACAAAUUGAUGGUUCUAAUGUUUAUCGUUAUAAUAAAAUUUCAAAAGUUCCAGCAACUGAAUAUGAAGCUAUAAGUUCAUCAUUAAUUGGAUUAUUUGAAAAAAGAAGAUUGAAAAAUUUCUUACAAUGGGUUGCACAAUAUAAAGAAGAUGAACCUUCCACUCAUAAAGGUUUAAACUUAGAUGUUGAUAGUACUGAUACUGUUUAUAAUAAAUUUGGAUUGGAAGAAGGUACCAAGAAUUUCAUUGGACAUGCAAUGGCACUUUAUGAUAAUGAUUCAUAUUUGAAUGAACCUGCACGUCCAGCGGUUGAAAGAAUUAUUUUAUAUGUUCAAUCAGUGGCAAGAUUUGGUAAAUCUCCUUAUUUAUAUCCAUUAUAUGGAUUAGGUGAAUUACCUCAAGGUUUUAGUAGAUUAAGUGCAAUUUAUGGAGGUACAUUUAUGUUGGGUACACCUAUAAAAGAAGUCUUAUAUGAUGAUGAUGGUAAAGUUGAAGGUGUUAAAGUUGAAUUAGAUGGUGAAUUACAAACUGCAAAAUCUAAAGUUAUAAUUGCAGAUCCAACUUAUUUCCCUGAUAAAGUUAAAAAAAAUGAGAAAUUAAUUAGAACAAUUUCAAUUUUAGAUCAAUCACCUUUGAAAAGUGGUGAAAAUUCAGGUCAAAUCAUUAUUACUGGUAAAGAAGCUAAUAGAAAUAAUGAUAUUUAUAUUGCAUUAAUUGGAUCAGAGCAUAAAGUUGCCCCACCAGGUAAAAAUGUUGCAAUUGUUUCCACAAUCAUUGAAGGUGAUCAACCACCUCAUUUACAAAUCCAAUCAGCUUUCAAAUUAUUAAAUAUUAAAAAUUUUGAAUAUACUUUUAUGGGUAUUUCUGAAAUUUUUGAACCAAUUCAAGAUGGUUCAAAAGAUGGAGUUUUCAUUUCAAAAUCUUAUGAUGCAACAUCACAUUUUGAAAGUGUUACAGAAGAUGUUAAAGAUAUUUAUUUUAGAGUUACUGGUAAACCUUUAAAAUUGACAAAAUUGGAUGAAGGUGAAUUUAAUGCUACUGCAUAGGGUAUGAUAAUUACAUGUUUUUUCAUUUAAUAUUGAAAUAGAUUGAAUAGUUUCAAAAUAAUUUUUGUAGCAU